UCCUUCUAACUUGAAAAAAUCAUCAGAAAGAACGCCGAAGAAGAAGCUAUAAAUUCCGAAAAACCCUAGAAAUCUCCUUUUCGAUUCUCUUCGAGAAUCCCAAAUGUCUUCUUCGAAAGAAGAAGGAGAAGGAGGAGAAGAAGAUCUGAGAGGCUCUCAGCUUGAAGAUGUGGCGUGGCUCUCUUCCCUCUCUGAUUCCGAACUCGAUGUACUGAUUAGCUUAAAGAAGCUGGCUAUUCAGCGUGCAAAAAAUAUUGGCUACGAGAAUCUAGGCAAUAAAUUGGAUUUGAAAAUGCUCCGAGCUCUUGGAUUUAUUUUGCUGGAAUAUCUCAAAGAAGAUGUUAAGAAUGCCUCGGUUUUUUCAAGUCCAGACAAGGCUUCCACAUUCUUAGAAGGCUGUCGUUUGUUGACUUCAAAUCGUGAAGGCGGCUUUGGUUCUAUGGAUAUUGAUGAUAUUAGGGCAUCGAUUCGUGUCAAAAGGAAGAGAGAUGAGGAAAGGUAAAUAUAUACUUUUAGAAAUAGCAAUAUAUAUA